AUGUGUUCCACAUGUGAUGAACGAACCUGUUCGUGCGAGCAGCCCCCGGCGCCAAGUCUCAAGACUUCUCCGCGGAAUGACAGCAUACAAUCAGAAACGGUCUCUCAAACGCUCAACGAGGAGAGGAGUAGAUUAAUAUUAGAAGAAAAGAAGAAAGGAUUAUAUCGAUCGACUUUUUUGAAUCCUGAUGUUUUCUGCACAGAUUCCAGGGGUCUGAGUGAAGCGUCUUCAUCGUCAACUGCGUCUUCGAAGACUGACGGGACAGCUCACCUGUACAAACUACCUCGAUUGCGCAUUCUGGAUGACCCGCCGAAGAAAGACAGAGCCCCACUCAUGAUACUUGUUCGGAAGAAGAAACCUCUUUCGAAUUUCCCCCAACGGAGUUUCAAUAUGCCCGCUUGCGACGAGGCUACUGGGGAAGAGCGACUGGGGGAAGAUUAUCUUUCGAAUAAGAAGCGGAGAAUCACCAGCAGUGUAGAGAUGAUGUAUGGGAAGAGGCGCAGAGACUGA